AUGUCGGAUACUAGUGAUAAAUCAAAUCAGGUGCAAAACAAUGAGUCUGGUGUCAUUCCAGAGUCGUCAACAUCUCAAGUUGCAAAACCUGCAAAACAAGUGAACGAUGAUGGAUUGGAUCAUCGUACCCUUUUCGUACGUGCAAUUCCAUCAGAAGCUACUUCAGAUCAACUUUCAGAAUUUUUUUCACAAUUUGUUCCAGUUAAGCAUGCAGUAAUUGUCACCGAUGAUCAAAAGCAAAGCCGGGGCUUUGGGUUUGUUUCCUUCACUGAAGACGAUGAUACCUUAACAGCAUUGGUCGAGUCGCGAAAGACUAAGUUCAUGGACAGAUUUUUAAGAGUAGACAUUGCCAAGCGCCGAGAUCGUAAAGAAAAAAAUGUUUCUGGUGAUGGGUCCUUACUGGGUAAUGGAUACAGAGAGAGAUCGAAGACUGAGCCUGUGGAGAAAAGACGUGCAAGAUUAAUUAUUAGAAAUCUUCCUUGGAGUUGUAAAAAACCAGAUGAACUCAAAAAGAUAUUCUCAAGAUAUGGUGCCGUAUUCGAUGCCUAUGUGCCGAAAAAGAAAGGCGGACAAAUGUGUGGAUUUGCAUUUGUCGUGAUGAAAAAGGUUGCUGCUGCUGAAAGAGCAGUUAAGGAAUGUCAAGGAUUAAAAAUAGACGGCAGAGAGGUUGCUGUUGAUUUCGCCGUGGAAAAAUCUAAAUGGGAGCAAAUAAAAGAACAAGAAGGAAGUGAAGAAAAUGAUGGUGACAAAAAUGAGGUUAACAAGGAUGAAGAAAUGGACAGUGAAUCAGAUGAAGAUGAAGAAGCGGCAGGUGGAUUAGGUGGUAUUGAUGCCGAAGAGGAAGAUGAUGAUGACGAGGAUGAUAAUGAGGCACAAGAGGAAGAUGCUGAAAACUUUAAUCAACUCAACAAAAUAAACUCUGACGAUGAAGUUGAAGAAGAAGAAGAAGAAGAAGAAGAAGAUGAUGAUGAUGUGAGUAUCAAAGUUGAUGGCGAUGAAAGUUCUGGAGAUGAUAACGAAAAAGAAAUACACCAAGAAAAUGUUCCACCGAAGAAGAAGGCAAACAAGCAAGAAGCAUUCUCAAUCUUUGUUCGUAAUAUACCGUAUGAUGCUGAUGAAAGCUCGCUCAAAGAGCAUUUUGAGUCAUUUGGUCCGGUCAAGUAUGCACUCCCAGUCAUUGAUAAAGAAACUGGGCUCGCUAGAGGUUCAGCGUUUGUCGCUUUUAAAACCGCAAAGGCGUACACAGAAUGUCUUGAAAAUGCUCCUUCAAAUACUGGUUCUACUUCAAUGUUGAUUGCUGACGAUGUCUCGCCACAAUAUGUGUACCAGGGCCGUAUUCUUUCGAUUGUUUCAGCUGUGGAUAGACAAUCUGCAGAUAAGUUGGCCGAGAGAAACUCACUCAAAAGAAAGGAAGAAUUUGGCAAAGCACCAGCCGAAAAGGAUAAGCGUAACUUGUAUUUGUUAAAUGAAGGAAGAAUUACCGAGCACUCGAAGUUGGCCCAGUUUAUCAGUAAGACCGAUAUGGAGCUUCGUGAAAAGUCGUACAAAUUACGUGUUCAGCAAUUGAAUAAGAAUCCUACAUUGCAUUUGUCAUUGACUAGAUUGGCUAUUCGAAACUUGCCUAGGGCAAUGAAUGCCAAGGCAUUGAAGGCAUUGGGAAGAAAAGCUGUGGUGCAAUUUGCAACCGAAGUAAAGGAAGGUAAACGUCAGCCACUAUCAAAAGAAGAAGUUUCCAGAUCAAACAAACUGAGAAAAGAAAUCUUAGAAGAGAUUGAGGAAAAAUCCAAAAACUCAAAACACAAGGGUGUUGUAAAGCAAGCUAAAGUGAUUAUGGAAGUUAAAGGUUCUGGAGAUGAGGGACGUAGUCGAGGCUAUGGUUUCAUUGAAUUUAGAGAUCACAAGGCUGCCUUGCAGGGAUUGAGGUGGUUGAAUGCUCAUGAGGUAACCACACAAGAAAUUUUGGAAGGUAUGAAUGAUGACGAAAAAAAGUUGGCCAAAUUGGACGGAUUGAGUAAAAGGAAGCUUAUAGUUGAGUUUGCCGUUGAAAAUGCGCAAGUUGUCAAGAGAAGGAGAGAAAAGGAAUUAAUUGGUCGAAAGUUUAAUAAAGAGGGCGGAAAGGAAGGAGACCACCAGUCGAGGAAAAGAAAAAGAAAUGGAGAUGAUGGCAAUGACGAUGAUACGGAUGGAAAUGGAAAUAGCGCAGCACUGAAAAAGCAGAAAAGAAAAGGUAGCCUGAAAAAAGGAAAUAUGAACAAAGGUGGUAAAAUGAAACCACAGCAAGAUUCUACACACAAUGGAGUUAAAGAACCCAAGAACAAAUCUGGGCUCUCGGAUAAUAUCAAGCUGAUAAUAGGUCAAAAAAGAAAGAGAAGAAAAGGUAAGAAGUAA